AACGCCUUAAAGAACGGGGAGUGUUCGGAACCUUCGGACAAACAGGAGCAGCGCCAGGGGAUGAAGAGAAGGAACAAUAAAAAGAACAAAAGCAGAGGGAGGACCAACGUGGUGCCUUCGAAACAGUGGAAAGUUGGUGACAGCUGCAAUGCUGUUUGGUCUGAGGAUGGUAACGUGUACCUCGCAACUAUUACCUCCAUCAAUCACAAGAGAGGCACGUGUGUUGUUACUUACACCGGAUAUGGAAACCAGGAGGAGCAGAACCUGACUGAUCUACUUCCUCCAGCCAGCAAUGAAACAGUAAAUGGGAUGGGGAGUUCUGGGGAGAAUGAGAAUGAGACUCCAUAUUCAACAGAUGAAAGUGAAAAAUCUUCUCAGUCACCUGGAAACAAAAACAGCUUCAUGAAAGGAAGAUUCUUCCCUCAAAACCUUCAUUUUCCUGUACCACCAGGAGUCCCAGGCCUGGGAAGGUCUGGAUCAAAAUUCAGGGCAUCUCCAUCGUUUUUAUCUUGCUGGCCCCCACCCUUCCCACCAGGACCUCCGUUGAUUCCUCCUCCACCGCCUAUGAGGCUGGACUCUCAUGACGAUGAUGAAGCAUUGGGGAGCAUGUUGAUAGCCUGGUAUAUGAGUGGUUAUCACACGGGGUAUUACCUGGGUUUAAAACAAAGUCGAAUGGAAGCAGCACUGGAGCGACAAGCACAUGCGAAGUAA